AUGGCAAUUGCAGUUGCAGUCUUCAGCUCCCUUUUCAUUUGCUCAUAUUUUCCCCUUGGUGAUGCUUUAAGCUUAAACUACUACGAUAAGACAUGUCCUUCGGUGGAGAGUAUCAUCACAAACACAGUUAAAGAAGCAUUUGCAGAAGAUAAAACAGUCCCGGCGGCCGUGCUUCGCAUGCAUUUCCAUGACUGCUUCAUAAGGGGAUGUGAUGCUUCUGUGCUGCUAGACAAAGAUGGGAACAGCAAAGUAGAGAAAUCCGGUCCUCCAAACCUUUCGCUGCAUGCAUUUUUUGUCAUUGAUAAUGCAAAGAAGGCAGUAGAAGCUGCAUGUCCUGGAGUUGUCUCGUGUGCUGACAUAUUGGCUUUAGCUGCAAGGGACGCAGUCGUCCUUACUGGAGGGCCCACUUGGUAUGUGCCUAAAGGAAGGAAAGAUGGGAGAACAUCAUUUGCCAGUGAAACAAGACAACUUCCAGCACCCACAUUCAACUUUUCUCAGCUCCAACAAAGUUUCUCUCAGAGAGGCCUAAACCUUGGAGAUCUAGUAGCUCUUUCAGGUGGUCACAGUCUUGGGUUCUCCCACUGCUCGUCGUUCCAAAGCCGAUUGCACAACUUUGACACAACUCAUGACAUAGACCCCUCAAUCAAUCCUUCGUUUGCUGCCAGCUUACAAAGAGUGUGUCCUGCACACACCAAAGUAAAAAAUGCUGGUUCCAACAUGGAUCCUUCCCCAAUAAUGUUUGACAAUACAUAUUACAAGCUAAUUCUUCAAGGAAAGAGCCUGUUUUCUUCAGAUCAAGCCUUGCUCACAUCUCCAAGCACCAAGAAUUUGGUUACCCAAUUUGCUGGUUCCAAGAAAGCUUUCUAUGAGGCAUUUGCUAAGUCUAUGAUCAAGAUGAGCAGCAUCACAGGAGGGCAGGAAGUACGAAAGAAUUGCCGAAUUGUCAACUGAGGUCUAAUGACCUUCAGGGUUUAUAAGUUAAAUGUAGACCACUAGAAAAGUUGAAUCCAGGCAAUCAAGCAUAAUGGAUUGCCUUCCGUGAAGUGUGUAGCCUUUUUAUUCUCCCUAUUUCAUAAGGUCGGACUAGGAUGAAUUUCUGCAGAAGGUCCGUCUAAAAACAUCUUUCCAGAAGGAAAUCAGCAAAAGUCUAUAGGGUUGAAUGUUGAUUUCCCUCAAGUGAAAAGAGGUCUUUGUUGAGUGUGACAGUGCACUGCAUUUUCCUUUGCAUGAACUGUAUCUUACUUGCUUCGGUGUUACAAAGCAGAUAACAGUAAUGUAAUACUGUAAUGUAAUACUGUAGUGGAAUAGCAACAAAUAUAUUUUUUCCCUGGAUAA